UCUUCAACCCUAACUCUUUAAUAAUCUUCGAUCCUCUCUCUCUCUCUCUCUCUGAGCUUUCCAUGAAAAGCGUCGGGAAAAUGGGGAAAUACAUAAAGAAGAGCAAACUCGACGGAGGAGAAUCUCUAUCUCUAAUCGACGUCUCUCCCUCUCCCCUCGGUGUCCUCACUCGAGCCAAAUCCCUAGCUCUCCAGCGCCGCCUUCAAAAACCCUCGCCUUCUCCCUCCUCCUCCUCGCCGUCGAAACAGAAGACGACGACGGAUUGCGGAGGCGGAGGCGGAGGCGGAGGCUCGUAUCUUCAGCUGAGGAGUCGUCGGCUACAGAAGAAGCCGCCGAUUGUAGUGAUUCGUCGGAGGAAGAAGCAGCGGAGGGUCCGAAACCCUAAUUCCCAAAAUCAGGAUUCGGGUCGUGGGUCUGGUGACGGGUCUAGGUCCGAUUCGGUUGCUGAGAGUGCUGUGUGUGGUAAAGCCAAUGACUUUAAUGGUGAAAUCAACUUGGAUGAGCUUCAUGGCAGUGAAAGUUUCAUCAGGACCACAAGGGAAUCCACGCCAUGCAGUUUGAUGAGAAAACCGGAAACCGUCACAAGCCCGGGUUCAUCUCCGAAGCUUAACAAUGUUGUAAGUGAUGACAGCAACGAGAGAGAAGAGAGUUUGUCGGGAAGCCGUGGUCACCUACCGACCACACCUGAAAUGGACGAGUUCUUCUCUGGUGCUGAAGAGGAGCAACAAAAGCAAUUCAUUGACAAGUACAACUUUGAUCCUGUGAACGAACAACCACUACCAGGACGGUUUGAAUGGAAGAAGAUAGAUGAUUAGAAGCAACAAAACGAAAGGGUGGUGGGGUGGUGUUAAUAGUUAACAAGGCUAUAUUAACAUUUUCCUGCUAAUUAUCCGGUUUGAUCUUUUAUUUCCAUCAUCCGUUUCUUUAACUUGUAAAGAACUUAGGACCAAAAAAAAACCCAUGUAGCGUUGGUGUCUGUAACAUAAGUGGCUGAGAAGGGUUUGUGUAACACACAACUGAUACCAAUCCUUUUCAGUUCUAAACAGAUCACCUUAGUAGUAGUACUAAACCAUAAGUGGGAGGUUAACCCAAAGUCUGUUGGGGUUUUAGCGUUUAGGGGGUUUAGAGUUCUUUCGGUUAAUGGUUUAUUAUAACUCUUUGUCUUGUAUCCAUUUGUGGUGUAUACAUGUACUGAUCUCAAAACUCAUUUCAAUAAAGACUUAUCCUUCUCUGUC